CAAUAUUUAUUUCUUAAUCUUGCCUAGUUCCUAGUUUAGAUUUUAUUUGGUUCAAAUUAUUAUUAUUUUAUAAAUAUUAUGCAUAAGAUAUUGCAACAAAUUCUAAUAAAAUUUAAUAAAUCUUUUAAACAAAUCUAGAAUGGAGAAAUACGGGGAAGUUUUUUUAACAUCUAAAACAUGUUUUACAUUAAUCUGUACGCAUUGUGAAAGAGCAACAGAAAACUACAAUGAAUUCUUGAACCAUGUUUUAGAAAACCAUAUAGAUCCACUCUCGUGUGAACUUAAAAUCGAAGACUGUCAUUCUGAACAUGAAAAUCCAAUUUUAAAUCUACAGGUUGAAGUUCUAGAAUUGAAUACUGAUAAUGAUGAUUCUGAAGAAUUUAUAUGGAAAAACUCAAACAUGGAAGUUGAUAAAAGUUUUAAAAUAGAUGAUUUGGAAAAUGAUUUUUCAGAUAGUGAAGAUUCAAGUUAUCAGCAUACUGAUAAUGCAUUAUAUGGAAACUAUGAUAGUCCAAUAAAAAAUGUCUUACAUUGUCAAACAUGCAACCAGCCAUAUUAUAAUUUAGAUGUUUUUGAAAGACAUAAAGCACGUAAUAGGUGCGGAUAUUGCCCAGUUUGUUUAGUGCCAAUCGCAGAUGUAUGGGCACAUGUAAAAAAUUUUCAUAAAGAUCGUUACAAAGAUAGAAAAAUGUUACGGCAGUCAGUUAAUGAAAUGAAGGAAUGCCGGGAGUCCGAAAAUGAAACUGAAAUAUUACUAACCAUUGGAAAAGCAAACUCAUGCAACAUCAACACAACAAUUGAUAAGAAUGAAAACUUUGAAGGCAGUCCAUCAAAGCACGUGAAUCAAGAACCAAAUUUACAAGAAGAAUCCACAGAAUUCAAAAGUGACAACGAAAGCCUUGAAAUAUAUAUAGAGGAAGUGCAUAGCUCUGAUACGGAGAUUGAUAUAAAAUCUAAAAAUAAUGGCUAUAUGAAUUUUUUAGAAAGUGAAGAUCCCAGUCAUACAUGCGCUGAUAAUAGAAUAAACGAAAAUGAUAAUCCGGAUGAUCCGGUGUAUUGUGUUUAUUGUGGUGAACUAUUUUCUCCAUUGUACUUAAAAGCCCAUUUAAAACAAUACAGAUGUGGGAAAUGCACUUUAUGCUCUUCAAUCGUUGGAAACUUGUAUGCUCACAUGACAAAAGAUCAUAAGGAAUACGCAGAAGAGAGGAAGCUAUUAAAACAAAAAAUUUUUGAAAGAGUACCACUUUCCGAAGCGGAAUUAUUAAAAAAAAUAGAAGAAAAAACAAGAAGUGAAAAUGAAAAUCAAUUAAAAAAUAUCUUCGUUACGAAAUGUAUAUAUUGUAAGAAAAUAUUUAAGUCAAAACCUCAUUAUAUGAAGCAUAUGAAACGUCAUGAAGAAAAUAAUACUUGCAAAUAUUGCGGAAAGCGAUUUUUGAGAUUUGAUAGAUUAAAAUAUCAUUUAAGAAUGCAUACUGACGAAAAGCCGUACAAAUGCAAAUUUUGUUCAGCGUCAUUUAAGGAUCUCGAACACGUGCGAGAACACUCUCGAACAAGACACACGGAAGGUUUGAAUUUGAAGUGCACCUAUGAAAACUGUGAUAAAGUAUUUAAAACAAAAAAGAGAAGAAAAUAUCAUGAAAAUUACGCGCACACAAGUAAAUAUAGAAGAAUGUGUAACGAUUGUGGAUUAAUAUUUCUAACAUCAAGUAGAUUGAAUGUUCACAUGAAAAAGAAGCACACCAAAUAUGAAGAUAGAAAAUUUUCUUGUACACAUUGUGAAAAAAAAUUUCCCUUCAAAUCUGAUUUGACUGACCAUGAAAGGAUACACUUGGGAAAAAAACAAUUUUUCUGUGAAAUAUGCGAGAAGGGAUUUGUAACAAAAAAAUCUUUUUAUAAGCAUAAACAAUAUCAUAAAAAAAAAUCAGUCACGGAUUUAAAAGCAAAUUAACAAAUUUGUUUGCAUGUGUGUACAGUAUUUUCAAAUCAAUUUUAAUUUUAAAAUUUUCCACCAAAUAAAAUUGUGUUACUAAUUAUUUCUAA